GCACCAAUUUCCCAAUUUAUCAAGAGAAUCUCAGUUCUCGACGUGAGUGAGAAGAACAGAUGGAUUGGCCAUAGCACAUAUGGAGAGGUGUCGUUGACCAUCGAAGGUUCAUGCAGUCCAUCCAUCCAUCCCCCCGAAACUCUCCCUCUCUCCCCCUACUCUACAUCCUUUCUGUGCACGCUAUUUAUCGUGUGUGUGCCGCUGGUUCGUUGGCUAAUCGGAGGGGUCCCAGGCCGGUCCCACAGCCAGGUUGCUGCGGAUCUCUGCAGUCCGGUCGGAACCUGCAAAAGCACAAGAACCACACACACACACACACACAGACACGAGCGUCUCCCUCCCUCCCUCCCUGCCUCUUCCUCUCACUCCCUUAUCCCUUCACUGACCGGAGGCGAUAUCGCAUAGCAAGGUGCCGCACGAGCAGUAUCUGGCGUCGCCGAUGCACCGUUCCGUCUGCAGAUGCCGGCCCUUGUUGCUGCUGGUGGUGAUGGUGUGUGGGUGUGGCUUGGACACUAACACCGCAGCAGAAGGGUCCGACAACACCGACACAUCUGCACACAUGGAUCCAUCCAUCCAUCCAGUAGAUAUGGGGGUGGGUUGGUCAAACAGAGGGAGAAGGGAAACGGACAUCCGUCGGCCGCAGCGCACCUUUAUCGAUUUUGAGGGUGUAUCCUCCGGCGAGGUGCAGCGUCAUGGGGCCUUUUCCGCGCUUCUUCUGCUCCACACGCUCCACCCGGAACAACGUGUCCGUCUCCUCGUCAACCUGACACACCACACCACACCACACCACACCACACCACACACCACGCACACAUGCUGCCACCUGUCUGUCCGUGUCAUGAUGGAUGUGCCUGUGUGCCUGUCUGCCUGCCAGCUCACCUCUACAGCCACGGUGGUGAUGUGUUCGAACGCCCUCAGUGGCAGCCGCUUCGUGACGAUGUCCGACAGCAGCACAGUCUGCCCGUAGGUCUGCGUGCCUGAACACAUGUAUAGGGGAGGGAGAAUGGACCAGAAGUGUUGUGUGACAGUCCAUACGGAUGGGGCGGGCCCCGUUGGCUGUGAGCAGGACGCCGGCAGGCGACACGUGGCUCUCCUUGCUCACUGACAUGACCAACAGAGCCAGCCAACCAACCCACAACGGGUUCACCACACACAGAAAGGUCACAGUGGACGGAUGGAUGGAUGGGUCAAUGUGUUCCCCCUACCAUAGAUGCAGGCCAUGACGAGCCCGAAGACGAUGGCGAGGGUCACGACAUACCCGGCCGACAGCCCCAACACCAUCCUACGCAGCCGCCGCAUGCCAGAUCUCUCCUUGGCCACCUGCCGGGCGGCGGCGGCCACAUCAGCCAACUCGAAACGCCCCUUGCCAUCCGUAUCCCAACCCUGCCAAGCCACAGAACCCAUCAAUCAGAUCGCGCUUGUGUGAGGCAUCGCUGAGGACCUUGAGGACAUUCACGAUCUCCUCAGCGAGUUUGCCUGAACCCGCCAGCUCUCGGAAGGUCUCGGUGCGGCCCUUCGGAGGUAGCGGACCAGACGCCAUUGAAAACCUCGCCGGCUGCGGCGCCUCAAUAUUCUAUCCCUCCAAACGAAGUUCGAUGAAAACGAAUGCCAGGGGCAGUCUUCGAGAACGAAAAGAACGCGCACGAG